AUGCUUUUUUCUACUCUUUGCCUUUUCCUGGCCCCAGCGGCCAUCCUUGCGGCGCCUCUGGAUGCCCGCCAGGCAUCAUCUGGCAGUAUCGAUGCCAAAUUCAAGUCGCUUGGCAAGCAGUACUUCGGUACUAUUGCCGAUCCCAAUACCCUGUCCAACUCCAAGAACACCGCCAUCAUCAAGGCGGACUUUGGCCAACUCACAGCAGAGAACAGCAUGAAAUGGGACGCUACCGAACCGAACCGUGGGCAGUUCUCGUUCUCCGGAGCGGAUCAAGUCGUCAACUUUGCCACGCAGAACGGGAAGAAGAUCCGUGGUCAUACCCUGCUCUGGCACUCUCAGUUGCCUCAAUGGGUGCAGAACAUCAAUGACAAGAACACCCUCACCCAGGUCAUUCAGAACCAUAUCGCUACUGUUGCUGGCCGCUACAAAGGCAAGAUCCUCCAAUGGGAUGUUGUCAAUGAGAUCUUUAACGAGGACGGCUCUCUCCGCAACUCGGUCUUCUCACGCGUACUUGGUGAAGACUUUGUUCGCAUCGCUUUCGAGGCGGCUAGAAAGGCUGAUCCCAAUGCGAAGCUAUACAUCAACGACUACAACCUGGACAAUGCCAACUACGCCAAGCUCACCAAUGGUAUGGUUGCUCACGUGAAGAAGUGGCUUGCGGCUGGUAUUCCCAUCGAUGGCAUUGGAUCGCAAGCUCAUCUCGGUCAGGGAGGUGGCGCCAACAUUCCCGCUGCCAUCAAGGCGCUUGCUGCGACUGGUGUGAAGGAGGUUGCCAUCACCGAGCUUGAUAUCGCCCAGGCUGGUACCACCGACUACGUGAACGCCGUGAAGGGCUGCACCCAAGAGCCUAAAUGUGUCGGUGUCACCGUUUGGGGCGUGUCCGAUGCGAACUCCUGGCGAUCCUCUGACAACCCGCUACUGUUCGAUAGAAACUUCAACGCAAAGUCGGCGUACGAUGCGCUGAUGAGUCAGUUGUAG